AUGGAGGAUGGACAGGGUCUGGACCUGAUUAAACUCACCACAGACAAACUCUCCACUGAUGCUGUGUCAGAAUCAGUGACAUGUUCCUCCUGUGGAGCCAUUUCAUUAUUCAUCGGAACCACCAGAGAUCAUUUCCAGGGAAAGAAGGUCGUUCGGCUGGAAUAUGAAGCGUACGUGCCCAUGGCGGAGUCAGAGAUUAGGAAAAUAUGUGCUGACGUGAGGAGAAGAUGGCCGACAGUCCGACACAUCUGCAUCCAUCACAGACUCGGCGUGGUUCCUGUUACUGAGGCCAGCGUGAUUAUCGGAGUCUCGUCACCUCACCGCAGUGACUCUCUGGAGGCCGUGAAGUACGGAAUAAACGCCCUCAAAUCCACCGUCCCCAUCUGGAAAAAGGAAAUCUAUGAAUCAGAGGAGCCAUGCUGGAAAGAGAACAGUGAGUGUCUGUGGACAGGAAGUCGGGACGAGAGAAAAACGAGUUGACCUUUGGACUGUAGUGAGCUCUGGGAAUUUUAUCUCGAGGCGGGUUCAUGAACUUACAGCUUGUGAGUGAGAUGUGGCUUUUUUUCUUAUUUUAAUAUGACUCAGCAAUAUUAGAACAAAUUAAAAAAAUAAUAGUAUAUUUGUUUAGAUUUUAACCAUCUCUUAAAUAUGUAUAUUUAAGAGAUGGUUACAAUCUAAACAAAUAUACUAUUAGGCUAAGAACUAGAAAUGAGCAUUUGUGGAAAAAAUCUUGUAUUGCAUUGUAUAAAAAAAAAAUCAAAUGUCAAGCAAAAUGUACAUAUUCUUAGCUCUUUAUACAAUUUUCUCCUAAAUGAUCAACUGUUUGCUGAAAUAAAACACAAAAUGUAGCUAUUUUA